AUGUGGUGUACCGCAGUGAUUGUGUUUGGAAUCCAUUUAGUUGUGGGAGUACCGAGCAGCAUUGAGAAAAAGGCUCCUGCCAAAAAUGUCAGGUUCAAUGCAGCACAUCUGCUUAAACACCCACUACUACGGUCGCUUGAUGCCACUAACGAAACGACACCUGAAUCAGGCAAGUCGCUUCUAUUCUCCUCAGAUCUUUUGAAAGCUCCUCAUCCAUCUCCGUUAGAUCAAAAUUCAAAGGAAGAAGAUGGAGAACCGAAUCCCUUCAGUCGGUCCUGGUUCACUGGUGAAGAGCUUGCCGCGGAGUUUGAUCUGUUGCCGACUUGUCAGCGAAAGUGCACGAAGCAACUGCAUGAUGAUCUGUUCAGUACAUUCAAGAGAAGCAACUACGUCGUAAAGUAUCAUAACAUUUGUCGAUCAUACAAGGAAGCAAAGAAAUGUAUAACUGAUGAUCGGGACCAUUGUGGGGAAAACCGAGAUAUGUUCGAUAUGUUGAGCAGUGGAAUGGAAUAUAUGUGCGUAGAACAGGGCAAAGCAUUCAACGUCACCAUCAAAUGUAUCGACAGAGAGGCGCACGCCGUCAAAGCCCGACAAAUGUUGGCUUUGCUUCGAACAAAAGCUGCAAGUCAUCAACCAGCCUUUGGAGAGAAACCCAUUCCUAUCCAUCCUCAUCAGUUCCACCUUGGGCCAGAUCCAAAGACAGGAACUGGAAUAGGUCUCAUAAAUGACGCCCAGUCUCCAUCUGCAGAUAGCAAUUCCUUCCGUGACUUUCAGACAGUAACCCACGAAGCUUGCGUGUAUAGUGAGUGCACAUUAAGCUGCUAUCGAACAAAAUUCAAUUUGAGAUGUGAAAACAGUGCUGGAGCAAUGCUAUCGGAAGCGCUAGUGCGUCCAUUGGUCGAGGGUCAUCAAAAAUUUUCUCCUAUGUUCGUGGCACUCGGCAUGGUAACACCCAAGAGCUGCUCUUUCCUUUACAAAGGUUCGAGGCUCUUGCGUCAUCGAAUAGACCCCAUUCUCAAUGAAGAAUUGCAAGCGAAGUUCGGAAAGCCUGAUGAUGAGGACAACUCGGUUACCAAUGAUUCUUCUGAGGAGACCUUGGGUUCACGGACCAAUGAGAUCAACGCUAACUCAGAUUUGAAUAGUCUCAUUAAUCAGUUUUAUGCUGAAGGAAUGGUGGAUGAAAGCAACGCUGAACUAUUUGAUGCAAUCAUUACAAAUCGGAUGCGAAAUAAUGGUAUGUUCAGGUCAGCUGAUUCUAAAGAGGAAGACUUUAGUGGAGAUAUCAUAAAAAGUCUCGAUGGUUCGGCAAUCGGUUCCGGUGAAGGCUCUGGCGAAGGGUCGGCUGAGAAUCUACCCAGCGGUACAGCUGAAGGAUCGGCUGAAGGUUCUGCUGAAGGUUCCGCCGAAAGCUCCGCCGAGGGUUCCGCUGAAGAAUCUGCUGAACUAUUGGGUAAAGGUUUCACAGAAGAAGGUUUUGGAAUGAAUGGCGAACCAGUUCUCAGAUUGAAGUUAGCAGAAUACUCGACUACGUUUGACUUCACGCCCAAUGUGUCAGGUACUCUUCGUUGUCAGUUUGUUCGCGACAGCCUCUCGACGCGAGUUUUCGCCUGA